CAAUGUCACGUAGUAACAUUGAUGGAAUUGUCUCCUCCAUAUUCGCCCCUUACGUCGUACCUCGUGUCUAUCCUGUUUUUCGCGCGUUUCACCUGGCUGUCGUACUGUUGAACGAGGAAAGCAGAAGAGUGCUUUGAAGGAUACAAACUUUGAAGAAAAAAAAAGAAGACUUCGUGACGGAAGGUCUCGCCGAACGUUGUCGUCGAUACGACAAAACGACGCGGUACAGCGGGCGUGGGUUCCCUUGAUUAUCGUCGGUUCCUCUUCUUCUUUAUGUAUCUCAGAACGUAAUCUCGAGAACGCAGAACGAAAGGAAAAAUGGAGCUGGAAGAGAGAGAGGCGAAGGUGUGCAGGCUAUGUGGCCAAUUUGAAAGGCUCUACAUCGAUGUGUUCGGCGAGGAGGGCAUGAGACGCUACCUGAGCGUCAAAAUCCACUCGAAGAUCAACAUAAUGAUAGAUGAAAUGGAUCCUCUGCCCAAGGCGAUCUGUGUUCAGUGUCUGGGCAAGCUUGAAUUCGUCUGCGACUUUCAAGAGGAAUGUCUACGCACCCAACAUGAGUUACGCGAUCGAUACAAUCUACCGCCCUUAACAGAGUUUACGCAGAUAAAAAACGAAGACACACCACCGACCAGAUCGACGGAUAAUAACAACAGUAUUGAAAAGAAUCUUAAUUCUACUAGCGGCGAGGACUCCGAGCAGCAGCAGCAGCAGCAGCAACAGCAGCAGCAGCAGCAACAGCAACAACAACAGCAACAACAGAGAGUCCUCAGGAGAAGUCUCCGUAGCCAACAACAAGCUGUUAAAUCUAACGACGAAAUUAGCGUGGAAGAGAAUUCGCAAAGUAGUCAGAGUAUACAAAGCACAGAAUUGACGCCGACUCGUUGGUUAAGACGUCGGCACAACGUGGACUCCACGACGUCGUCCGUGGGCAACAACAACGAGCAAGACGAAGACGUGAUCCCAAUCGCGAACAGAUUGAGGAGUCACAAUAACGCGGAUAACAGUAACCAGGCUAAUGCUUCUUCUUUGAGUGUCAGUAAUAGCGAUAACGAGAGCGCUACGGAGAAGCAUUUGUCACAGGACCCAUUGGUUGUGGGGUCGACGAUACAAUUACCAACUUCGGCGUUGAACAAAUUGUUAACUCUCGUCUCCGGUUCUCCCGACAUCGAGGUGUCGGUGAAUGAGCCGCGGAAUCGCGGCGGCGGCGGCGGCGGCGGCGGCGGCGGCGGUGGCGGCGGUGGCGGCGGCGGCGACGAUGGAGACGGCGUCGGUGGUAACAGCAGUAACAGUAACGGCAGCAACAACGAUGCUGAGGAUAUCAGUUUUACCGUGGAACUUUGUAGGAAAUCAACUGAAGACGACGCAUUACCGGAGUUGAGAGUGCGCGCACGGGUGUUCCCCGAUCAGGGUUCCUGCAUGGUCGACGCCACGAUCGUGGACUUGCUGCAGAAUUCUCAGAGCACCACCGUGGAAGUGAACGGUAUCGUCAACAGUAUCCUCAGCAGCACCGGGAAGAACAAUGGUAUCACGGCGUCGAAACUGAAGGACUUGGCGAAGCUGGAACAAAUGACAGAAGCCAUGCAAAAACCCGAGGACCUUUUUCGUGUGGAUGGUGAGGAGAUCAAAGUGGACGAUAAUGUGGAGCACGUGACGAACGACGGUCAGAACGGCUACGCGUGCAAGCUCUGUCAGAAGUUCUACGAGCGCCGGGACAAGUGCACGGUGCACGUGAAGACACAUCUCGGUAUCAAGCAGUACACAUGCGUCGUGUGUAACGCCAAAUUCGUCUGUAAAUCAGACGUGAUGAAGCAUAUCCGUUGCUCGCACACCAAUCCACGGCCCAUACAGUGUCCCAAGUGUCCGAAACGCUUCAAGUCCAAGUUUUACCUGACUGAGCACGAUAACGUUCACAAGGGCGUGCGACCGUACAGCUGCGCCGACUGCGGGCAGAGCUACCAUCACAAGGUUUCGUUGCAAAUUCACAUGAAGUCGCAUCAGCCGUCGCAGAACCUCGCCUGCGAGUACUGCGGCAAGGUGUUUCCAUAUCGCACGCGACUCCUCAGUCACAUCGCCAGUGUGCACCUGAAGAAACGCCGUAACUUCCGCUGCCGCUUCUGCUACAAUCUGUACUCCAGUCUGUCUGUGUUGAACGAACACAUCAAGACGCGCCAUGCUACCACGCACACUUGCGGCAUCUGCGGCAAGACUUUCAAAGUCGUGUCCAAGUUCAAGGCGCACGUAAUGCAGCACUCGAAUCCAAAGCCGUUUGUUUGUAGCAUCUGCAACAAUCGUUACGCAUCUAAAGCCUUCCUUAAUGAGCACCUGCUCAAGCACGAGGGCCUGCGCAAGCACAAGUGUAAAACAUGCAACGCCACUUUCGCACAGGCGAGUCACCUGGCCGCACAUCGCCACGUGCACGGCGAGAAGACGCACGCUUGCCCGGAGUGCGGGCGUAAAUUCAAUCGUCGCGAUAACAUGAAAGUGCACCGGAAGCGACAUUUCGAACAAAAGAAGAGUGGCGGCAAGCAAAAGACUACUGCGUCCAGCGGUAAUGAUUCGGUGGCUGCGCCGACCGCGACUAACGAAAAAUAGUGCGGGCGGACAGUGAAAAUAAAAUUAUCAUUACCAAUGGCGAAAUACUGGAGAUUUAGGCAUAAGAAUUAUGUAGAUUUUGUAUAACAAGAGACUUAAAACUGUAGAUCGCGAGAGGUCAACGGUAACGCGCGUUCGACCGAGGAGUCCUGAGGCUCGAGUUUAGAAAGUAAGUGGGAGAUACUUAGCGAGAGUGUUAUGAAAGAUUGCUCAAGGACAACGAUGGUCUUUUUUUACGUAUAUAUAUAUAUAUAUAUAUAUAUGCUUGGUGCUGCCCGAUGAAUUAUCGGCGAGAGUUCUGACCUUUAGCAAUAACGGUAGUCUAUUUUCUGGAAAACGAGACUUUUAUUUUUUAUAUUUUAUAAAUGUCGCGCAUCAACUUUUCUACUAGGAUUGAUGAAUCCGCUUCUUCUACCUGCGAUUUCGUUUCUUUCCUUCAUCGGAGAAUCGAGUUUGUUGAAUUUUGAGAAUGUAUUUUCGUGUCUUUUCAUCUAAUUCUUUUAUAGUGAAUGUCGAUCUACUGUAUCCAAAAAUAUGAUGAGUAAUAUAUGAGGUAUUGUCCCUGCAUGUCUUCUUUCGAUAUCUUUCAUACAUUUUUAUUACGUGAAAACCUUGCGCGUUCUUCUCGCAAGCACAUGCGGAAGAGCGGGCAACGUUUCGAGGAAAAACGGUUUUUGUAUAACAGACAAUAUCGAAAUACGGCCAAAAACGCAAUUAUCCGUAUAAUCACGUAAUUUUAGGGAAAAUUCAACGACUCAAUGACGCGCUAGGAAUCGGGCUUCCAAAAUCGACUAGAACCUCGAUUAGAACGGAAUUAUUUUCUAUAGGCCUUUGCACGUAUGUACAUAUGUACAUGCGUGUAUGUAUAAUGUAGGUAUAUAUGUUGUAUGUAUGUAUGUAUGUAUGUAUGUAUGUAUGUAUGUAUGUAUGUAUGUAUGUAUGUAUGUAAAAAUAUAUGCGUAUGAUGCGUGCGUGUGCGUGGGUGUGUGUAUGCAUGGAAAAGCGGUGAUUCGCGCUUUCCAUACAUUUUGGAGGACACUUUACAAUGACAAUCUUAAUAUAUGGAAAGCAAAGGAGAACGAAAUUUAAAGUAAUGUUAAGAAAGUAUAUUAUUAUCAGUGCCUUGAGAACAUAAAAUUGUCUUAUAAAUAGGAAGACAGGAUCAAGUAUAUUUGUUCCAAAUUCUCGUAUUCGUUUCCCUAUUUACUAUAUUUAUUCCAGUCGUCUCUAUAAAUUGCCGUUCAGUACCCUAACUGACAUUUGAUAUUAGAUACAGUGACAAAGUCAAUGUGAAUUGAUUAGUAAAAAACAUGUAAUGUUAAUUAACAUAUGUGUUGUAAAUUCUUAUAUUAACUUUGUUACAUGUUCUAAAAUACCGAUUUGUGCCAUUCGGUAUUGUAAUAUGAUCCCGUAUGUGGUCGCGUGGUAACUUCUUUACAAAUGCAGAAAGUGAAUGCACGAUUUUUGUAAGUAUGCCGUGCAAUUGUAAUGAAACCACACGCGCGCGCACACACAUACACACACCCAAGUAUUGAAUCGACUGAUAAAUCUAUAAAUAUACAUUGAAUUUAUUUUCUUUUUUAUUGUUUAUCGAUCCUGUUAGAAGCUAAAUGAUAAUCACUUCCAAUUUAGAUUAGAGUAAUGUCAUUAGAUUUUUAAUCGGCUAAUUCAUAGAUAGAUAUACUUUAAAAAUCACAUAUAUUAAUACUGGAGACUUUUUAUCCGCGACUCGCAUGAAGAACUCCAAAAAAGAUAUUAAUUAUUAAUUACUAUGAUCGAUUAAUCUCGUUUAGUUAAGUAAUGAUAACUAUAAUUGACUUUUUCAACUCGCUUAAACGAUAAGCAAUACAUGCUAUUUUGUACGUCACAUGUAUAAUCAGUAGAGGAUACCUUUCCAUUCGGAAGAUAUUGUAUUAUCUUCGGCAUGUUCAUAUGUUAUUAUUGCGCGUCCUGUGUGUGAGGUACAUACACGUAGGAUUAUUAAUUUCUACAACAGACACCUGUUUAACGAUUCCACCGUUGUCUCAAUAAAGGCACGAUAUUUUUGGGAUGC